GGAAAAAUCGAUAUAUUUCUGUCGAAAUUGAUUUCACAUGAUUUUCUCGCGUCAUACUUUCAAGUCGAGAAGUACAACUAUUUCAUAUUGAAAACACGUUUGCAACUUGUUACCUUCUAAAAUGAGCUCACACAUGCACAUACGUAUUUAUCCAGUUUCGUGCAAUCGGCGGAAAUAACAAUGAUAAAAAUCUUUAACUAAAUUGCGAAACGCACAACCAGUUAUGUGAUAUUCUUUCAUCCUAUAUCCCGACUUUCUUUAUCAACUUGAUCUUUAAAUAAGUUAGUGAAAGAUUUCAAACGGUACACAUUACAUUCUAAUGUAUCUUCGGACUUGUAUUCUACAUUGAAUAUUUUCACACACACAAGCACACGCGCAUGCAUGCACAGUCACAUUAAAAUUAUUCAUCCAACUAUAUUAUCUAUCAAUCAUUAAUUAUUUACAAAACUCAAGAAGUAUGUAUAAGUACGAAAAAUCAGGAUUGAAUGAAAUAAAAAAUUAGAAAAUAAAAAUGUGUUUAUAUAAACAAAGAAAAUAGAAAUCAAAACAGUGUGGAAGAGGAGAUGUCAUCAGAAAAUCAUUUGAAAAAUACAUUUUAAGUGGAGCUUAGGAUGCACAUCGGGGAUAGGCCAGUUCCAUUGAAAAUAGAACCAAAGCCGAGUGAUCAUUGGCCAAACGGUUUUCCCCCACGUGCGUCCGCAAGCUAUAUAGAAGACCCCGCAAGGAAUUUCAUCUUCAGAACUGAAAGUCAGUGUCAAGGAAAGGCUACCUGGAAAUAUCGAAGAUGACUUUCAAUCAGCGUGUGGCAUUAUGCUUGGUAGCGCUUGUCAUUGGACAAGCUGCAGCAUUGCCACAGCAUCCCCAGUACUCUCAGCAAUAUCCUCAGCAAUAUCAACAAGUUAGAGAUGAGAGAAAAUUCGCUGAGAAACCGAACGCUAUGAAGAAAGUUGCGAUCGACGAUCUCGAGGACAUUAGUACCAAUCAAAUUCAAGAAGGAAGCAGCAGUGGUUUCUCGUGGUCUAACAUGCUAGGAAUGUUCAUGCAAAUGCUUCUAGGCCAAACGGGGGGCAUCACUGGACCUAGCAAAAAUGACAUAGACGAAGGUGUUCCAGCUAGUCCAUGGGCAAAUCUUCUCUCCGUUGGUCUCCGAGUACUCACGGCACUUUUAGGUGGUCCUCAACAAUCCGUUGACGGUAUCGACAAAGUCGAUAAUCAAAGCAGUCCCAUGCAGGAAAUUUUGACUGCGGUGUUGGGCGCGUUUCUAGGACAGGGCAGAGACCCGAAUCAGGUUGCUGUCAUGGCUAAAAAUGCUUCAGAGUUCAUCAGCAUCGUCAUCAACCUGUUGGACGCAUUAAAGACAUCCUUCUCGCAUCGUUCUUUAUCCGCUCGUUCUCUUGGUAGACACGACAGCGUUUCCGAAGCGGCCAUGGCAUCUAUUAGUAUGCUAAAGGGAUACGUAAGAUCAGUAAAAGCAUUCAGCAAUAUCGGUAGAGCCGAAGACGAAGGUCAACAAGGUUGCGCCGAAAGAGCCCUUUGCGAAGCCAGUGCUGAAUGUGCCGCCGAUGCUCAAGGCACAUCGACGAUUUUCUGCCAGUUGGGAUCAUAUGCAACAAGUUACAUGUUGCAAAGGCAGAGUGGUGUAGGAUUCGAAGCACUUUAUGACGCAGGACGACGUGGUCGCAUGGGAGAAGAUUGCAGGACUCUCUUCAUGGACUGUAACGUUGCAUGAGCAGGAUAUUCUGCGUUAAACGCAAUUUAAACGUUCGCGAGAAUCGUUCGACAUUUUUCCGAGUUAAAAAUUCGCAAAAUUAAGUCGAGAAAACGCAUAAAAUUGAUCGACUAAUC